AUGGUUGCAAGCAGGAAGAUGUUGUAUUUUGUCUUCUUCUUUUUCUUCAUUUUGGCUCAAUUGCCAUCAGGGUGCCAGGCAGGACUCCAGAAUUCCCAGCCAUGCCAAGAAGGUGAAUUUGCAGCUUGCCAGCCAUGCAGACUGGGUCGGGGCAAAUGCAAGAGGAUAUGCGCAGAAAAUGAGAAGGUGUUUGGAAUGUGCGAGCUGAAUUUUUUCUGUUGCCGACGACGGCUAAGACGAUGGAUAAUCUAA